AUGGAUCAUAAGAAUAAAACUGUCGUAAAAGAGUUCAUAUUUGCUGGUCUAUCGGAAAAUCCUAAAGUGAAACCCUUUCUAUUUGUUUUGUUCUUGAUUAUAUAUUCUUUGACAUGGUUGGAAAAUUCAGCCCUUAUCUCAGUGAUCGCUUCAAAUGAGAAAUUGCACACUCCUAUGUAUAUUUUUGUGAGUCAGUUAUCAUUAAUUGACAUCUGUUAUUCCUCCUCCAUCUCAAUUAACACACUAGUCAACUUAAUUUGCAGGAAAAGGUCUAUCUCUGUAUCUGGCUGUGCCCUGCAGCUAUUUACAUAUGCAGGACUGGGAGGAACCGAAUGUUACCUUCUGGCUGCUAUGGCAUAUGACAGAUAUGUGGCCAUUUGCCACCCACUAGCAUACUUAAAAAUUAUGAACAAGGAAACUAUUCGUAUCCUACUUCUAGUUUCUUAUCUAAGUGGCUUCCUUAACAGCUUUAUUCAUACAGUAAUGUCAUUUUUUCAUCUUGACUUCUGUGAACCCGAACAACACAUCAAUCAUUUCUACUGUGAUAUAAUGGCGCUAGUUAAGAUUUCCUGUGGGGAUACAAAAAUUAAUGAAAUUUUGAUUUUUUACUUAGCUGGAUUCAUUGAGCUUUCUUCUCUUGUUGUUAUUCUGGUGUCUUAUAUUUUCAUCAUCAUUGCUGUGCUGAGAAUUAGUUCUUCUACUGGGCGCAAGAAAGCAUUUUCAACCUUUACAUGUCAUCUCACAGUUGUAUCCCUAUUUUAUGGGAUUGUAAUUUUUAUGUACCUGAGACCUUCGUCUGCCUACAUCCCAGAUCAGGAUAAAGCAAUUUCUGUCUUUUACACAAUUAUUAUUCCUUUUCUUAAUCCCUUGAUAUACAGUCUCAGAAAUAAAGAUGUGAAAAAUUGUGCAAAAAAAUCACUUUCACGUGUCUCAUGCAAACAAUAA